ACCCCCAAAGAAAAAGAAAACUCUAAGCUACGAUUAAAACCCUUGAGUUUCUUUUUUUUUUCUUUGACAAAAUAACCCUUGAUUUUGAGUCCGAUCUAUCUAACAAAAGCAUAUAUAUAUAUAUAUAGAUGACUACGCCGGAGGAGGCGAUGUAUGUGGCGUGGGAGGAUCUUACGGUGGUUAUACCAAACUUCGGUGAAGGAGCGACAAAGAGAUUACUGAAUGGAGUAAAUGGUUGUGGUGAGCCAAAUAGGAUCUUGGCUGUUAUGGGUCCUUCUGGUUCGGGCAAAUCUACGCUUCUUGAUGCCUUAGCAGGAAGAUUAGCAGGGAACGUUGUAAUGAGUGGGAAAGUUCUAGUUAAUGGCAAGAAGAGAAGACUUGACUUUGGUGCUGUCGCUUAUGUGACACAGGAAGAUGUGUUGCUAGGAACUUUGACAGUGAGAGAAUCAAUAUCUUACUCAGCUCAUCUCAGACUCCCAUCAAAGCUUACCAGAGGAGAGAUCAGUGACAUUGUGGAAGCUACAAUCACUGAAAUGGGUCUGCAAGAAUGUUCAGACAGGACCAUUGGAAACUGGCAUUUGCGUGGAAUAAGCGGAGGAGAGAAGAAACGGCUCAGUAUUGCGCUCGAGGUCUUAACCAAACCAAGUCUCCUCUUCCUAGACGAGCCCACCAGUGGACUGGACAGUGCUUCAGCUUUCUUCGUGGUUCAGAUUCUCAGAAACAUAGCAAGCAGUGGCAAAACCGUGAUUUCUUCAAUCCAUCAGCCGAGUGGUGAGGUUUUUGCUCUCUUUGAUGACCUGCUACUGCUUUCUGGAGGAGAAACCGUUUACUUUGGAGAAGCAGAAUCAGCAACGAAGUUCUUUGGUGAAGCGGGGUUUCCUUGUCCUAGCAGACGGAAUCCAUCUGACCACUUCCUUCGCUGUGUCAAUUCAGAUUUCGACGAUGUCACAGCGACUUUGGUUGAAUCUCGCCGAAUCCAAGAUUCUUCUUUCUCUCUUUACCAACUUCAUGAAACUGCAAACACAUUAGAUCCCCUGGAUGAUAUACCAGCAGCAGAAAUCAGAACAACACUUGUCAGAAAAUUCAAGUGUUCAGAAUACGCAGCAGCUUCAAGAGCAAGGAUUCAAGAAAUAGCAUCAGUAGAGGGGCUUGUCACUGAAAGGAAAAAUGGGAGUCAAACAAACUGGUUGAAACAACUCAAAAUACUUACUCAGCGAUCUUUCAUUAACAUGUGUAGAGACUUGGGAUACUACUGGAUGCGGAUUGCAGUAUACAUAGUGUUAUCCAUUUGUGUCGGUUCAAUCUUUUUCAACGUCGGGAGAAACCACUCAAAUGUCAUGAAUACUGCAGCUUGCGGCGGAUUUAUGGCAGGCUUUAUGACAUUUAUGUCAAUAGGAGGUUUCCAAUCCUUCAUUGAAGAAAUGAAGGUGUUUACUCGGGAAAGGCUCAAUGGAUACUAUGGGGUUGCAGUAUAUACUGUGUCUAAUUUACUCUCCUCAUUACCUUUCAUAAUCCUUAUGUGCCUCUCCACCAGCUCAAUCACUAUCUAUAUGGUGAAGUUCCAAUCCGGAGGUUCUCAUUUCUUCUACAACUGUCUCGACCUCAUCUGUGCAAUUGUGACUGUGGAGAGUUGCAUGAUGAUGAUAGCUUCAGUAGUUCCUAACUUCUUGAUGGGAGUCAUGUUAGGAGCUGGUUACAUUGGAAUUAUGGUAUUAAGUGCCGGGUUUUUCCGAUUCUUCCCCGACUUACCUGUGGUGUUCUGGCGAUAUCCGGUGUCCUACAUAAACUAUGGUGCAUGGGCACUACAGGGAGCAUUCAAGAAUGAGCUGAUCGGGGUUGAGUAUGAUUCUCCAUUACCAUUGGUACCAAAAAUGAAAGGGGAGCUCAUUCUUCAAAUUGUUCUAGGCGUAAAUCCAGCAAGUUCAAAGUGGUUGGAUCUAGCUGUUGUGGUGAUGAUUCUCAUUGGGUAUAGGAUUCUCUUCUUCGCCAUCCUCAAGUUUAGGGAAAAGGUUUUCCCAAUCAUUCACAUGUUAUACACAAAGAGAACUCUGAGCCAUAUCCGGAAAAGGCCUUCUUUCAGGAGAAUGGCACCAUUCCCCUCCAAGCGAUACCACGUUAACCACGCACUCUCUUCUCAAGAAGGACUUAGCUCUCCACUGCAUUAGAAGCAUAUACAGCAGGAUGCAAUAUCCAUAAGUGGAAGAUAGAUAUAAUGCUCGCUAUCCACAUGCCAUAUGUUACUCUCUUCAAACUUUGGUAAACUAUUUGUAGCCUGUUGUGUAAGGAAAAAAAGAGAUACUAUAAAUUCUGAGUAAUGAGAUUUGUUUGGCAUGCGGAUGGAAUCCAUCAGAAAUAAAUAAAUUGCCUAAAAGAGCUAAAAAUGGCUAGAGAUCAAAAUGGCUACAUUCUCAGAUUACAAGCGACCAUGGCAUGGAUGAAACUUUUAGAGAGGGUAGGUAUAUCAGCGACCACAGGGAAUAAAGAAUUCAAA